AGCAAUGUCUCACCGACUCUGUCGCCUGGACGACCGGCGGCGAGGAGAAGAGAGCAGCACAGAAAAUACAAAUGUCUGUUUUUACAGGUUGAAUUUCGUGUUUGAUUUAUCCAGCACAAGGGGGAUGAUACCACAAAGCACACAUUGCAAGAGGGCAAAAAAGGCCUGAUUGUACCCGCACCUGAGACCCGGCUCUCAUCAAUCUCAGAUAGCAAGAAUGGAUGUUGAGGAUGAGCCGCUGUUGUUUGAUUCGAGUUCGGUGGGAAAUGACGAGGAGGAAGACGACGUAGAGGUGUUGACGGAUGGCAGUCAAAAAUACAAGGUGGUCUGUGGGCCCUGGAGGGUCGUCGCCUGGGUCUACACACAGCCCUGGGCCAGCGGGGUUGUUCUUGGGGUGUUCAUCCUCUUCCCUUGCGCCCUGUUUGCCUUCAUGCUCCUCUACUACCCACCUCUAGACAUAGACCUCUCCUACAGUGCCUUCGAGGUCCACAGUCACUUUUCCGCCGAGCGUUUCGACGCACUCACAUUAGCAGUGAAGACCCAGUUGAGCUCCUGGGACAGAGGGAGGAGAGACUCGGAUCACGGUGAAACCUUGCUGGAGCUUCUGAUGGAAAAGGUGGCCCUCAACCGGACGCCCCAUGGAUCAUUAGUUCGGGAACGCCGCUCAACUGGUGACUACUACCUCCAGAGUCAAGCCCAAUGGAGGAUGGAGCUGGUAUUUGUGGCUCAAGGUGAUGGUGAAUGCAACAUCUUCACUCCUGAGCGCCUAAGCACCAUCCACCACGUGGAGCGUCUUAUCAUGCAGCACCCGCGUUUCGAGCAGUUCUGCUGGAAACCCAUGGAGCUGCUGAGAGACCUCCCUCUCGGUCCGUCAUACUGCUCACCACCUAGUUCGUUACUGUCCUAUCUCUACCCCAGCGAGCGAGGGGGGAAGAUUUACUACGACGGCAUGGGUUCAGAUCUGGCAGACAUUCAAGGUUCUUUAAGUCUAGCAAUCACACACCCUCAGUUCUACUGGUACGUGGAUGAAAGUCUCUCUCCAGAAAAUCUGUCCUCCUCAAUCCUGCGGAGCGAAAUCCACUUCGGCGUGCCUCUCCCUUCGUUCUACUCCGUGCAGGACCGAGCUCACGAACAGAGGAGGCGCUUCAAGAACUUUGUGGUGGAAUAUGCGGAAAUCCUGGCCAAACAGUCCACCAGGCAGGUGAAGGUUCUUUAUGGGGGGACGGAGCUGUUUGACCAGGAAGUGAGAGACACCUUCAGAAACGACAUGAUGUUGGCAGUUAUCAGUGGAGUCUGCAUUACUGUGCUGGUCUACGUUCUCACUUCCUUCUCAGCGUUCCUGACAUUCUUCGGGCUGGCGAGCAUCGCUUUGAGUUGCCUGAUGGCUCUUUUCUUUUACCACGUGGUGUUCGGAGUUCGCUACCUGGGCAUUCUCAACGGAGUGGCGGCUUUUGUCAUCAUCGGAAUCGGGGUGGAUGAUGUGUUUGUGUUCAUCAGCACCUUCAGACAGGCGGCUCAUCUGUGCCACCCUCAGCAGCGGAUGGUCUACACCGUCAAGACGGCCGGACGAGCCACUUUUCUCACCUCGUUCACCACCGCGGCCGCUUACGCUGCCAAUGCAUUCUCUGAGAUCCCAGCCGUGCAUGACUUUGGACUAUUCAUGGCCCUCAUUGUCAGCUGCUGCUGGCUUUGGGUUUGUGUGCUGAUGCCGGCCGCCUUGUGUAUCUGGACGCCCAGCCAGAGCACCGGUUUUUGCUGCCGCAAGUCUUUUGGGAGCCUGUCACGGAGCCUUGGCCCUCUGUCGGAUGAGGAUGACGACGUGGCCCUGCUGUCGGUGGAAAUGGAGCCAGACGGAGAUGCAGGCAUUCUGUCCCUGUCGGUGGAGACGGCGUUAAACCCUGCUGCGCAUCAGCACCAAGGUGUGGUCAGCGCAAAGCUUCAGUGGGGCCUCAAAAAUGUUGUAGUUCUUCCAGUUGUGGCCAGGAGGAAAAGCAUUCUUGGUGUUUUCCUUGUUGGGUUGCUGGUAUGCAUGGGUUGUUGCUGUCUGCUAAGGCCUGCUUCCCAUGCCCCCUUACUUUUCCGCCAGGACACAAACCUCCAGACUCUUCUGGCACUUAGGAGCAACCUUAGCGGUCAAGGGAUCUCCUGCCCCAUGUGCUCAGGUGUGUUCAUGGAAAAGCCGCGUUCUUUGUACGGUCACGCGGUAUCGAGGGUGUCAGCAACUACCGCCGCUCCUCAAAAUACAAAACAGAAUUUGAGCAUCAACCAGACAGGCUUUUUGCUGACUGUAUUCAUAUCAAAAGUGGAGCUGAGAAGCUCAACCAGAGUUUACCGUUUCUCCCUGAACGCCAGUACUCCUUCUCCAUGGACACCGUGCAGUUCACAUCGUGAGCAGGUGUCUUCAUUUCAGGCCUUUAAUCAGCCGUGGCGUAACUACACCCAACGAAUGAGGGUGUGCGUCUCCCAUGACUACUACCCGUAUCCCAGCUGGAUGAUCACGUCUGGUUCGUGCGACGGUCGUCACAGCUGGACGCCUGAAUUUUCUUUUUACGUAGCAGAUUCUGAACAGCAACACAGCAGGAAAGUCCAUUUUGCCCAGCACAAACUGAGGCCGCAUUCCACUCGAGUUUGUGUGAGUCCGCCCGGCUGCGGCAUCAGCACCGGGCCCGACGGUCCCGCGCGAGGAACUUUUUAUACACCUCUUCCGUGGGAUUCCACCUCCGACGCACCAAUACCACCCAAAAUGUCCGGCUUUAACCCGUGCGCGGGCGGCGUCUGUGGACGGCCCGCCGUGCGCCCUCUGGUUGACACGGGCGCCAUGGUCUUUCUGGUCUUCGGCAUCUUGGGAGUCAAUCGAACGGAGCCCCCAGAUAAUCAUGUUAUCGGAGAAAUUGGCAGUGUGAUACUGGAUCCCGACUUUGAUAUUUUCAAAGAAAUUGGAUAUCUUUGCAAGAUUUGCAAAGCUGUUAGUGCAAAUACGCAACUGGUGAAGCCUGGAGGAGCACAGUGCCUACCUUCAGGUAAUAAGCUGUCGUCUAUUGUACCGCUGCUGCAUCCAGAAUGCCACGCUCUCCCGGAACCCAACUUGCUUCCAGGCCAGAUUUCCCAUGGUGCAGUGGGAACGCGAGCAGGGAAGGUCCAGUGGAUUUCCAUGGCCUUUGAAUCUACUACAUACAAGGGCAAAUCGUCCUUCCGGACGUAUUCCGACUUCGUCCGCUGGGAGACGUUCAUCCAGGAGCAACUCUCCGCUCUCCCGCAAUCUUCCACUUUGAGGCGAGGCUUUCAAACUUGUGAGCACUGGAAGCAGAUCUUCAUGGAGAUCAUAGGAGUGGAGAGCGCCCUCUGGAGUCUUCUUCUGUCAUUGGGGAUCUGUGUGGCGGCUGUGUCUGUUUUCACAGCGCAUCUUUUCCUUCUGCUUCCUGUCCUGCUGACCAUCCUGGGUGUGAUCUGCUUGGUGGGAGCCAUCAUGUACUGGUUGGGCUGGGAACUGGGAGCAGUGGAAGCCAUUUCUUUGUCUAUCCUUGUAGGAUCUUCCGUGGAUUACUGUCUGCACCUGGUGGAAGGAUACACACUAGCUGAGGAGGCACCACAAUUCACCGGAGGACUUAACGCAGAAGCAGCGACCAUUAGGCAGAGACGCAGCGUGGAGGCGGUCGAGCGCGUGGGCGUCGCCAUCGUGUCCAGCGCCGUUACCACGGCGAUCUCCACCGUCCCCCUCUUCUUCUGCGUCAUCGUGCCUUUCGCCAAGUUCGGCCAGAUCGUGGCCAUUAACACCAUUGUUUCCAUUGUACUUACCCUGACCGUCACCGUGGCGGCGUUGGCCAGCGCAGGGCCCGUCGACUUCAACCGGACGCCCAGUGAGGUUCUUAAGGCCGCUGUGGCCGUGCUGGCGAUGGCCGCUGUCGGGGGAGUCGCGUGGUGGGCGGGGGGCCGCGCCGGGUUGACGGCGGCCUGGCUCUCUGGCGGCGUAUAGACUUAAUGAUGUCAUAGAGGUUUUUUGAAACGUUUAAUUUAGUUUGUAUUUAACUCUUUCAGUGCCAUUGACGAGGAUAGACGUCUAAUUGUGGCUCGUUUCAUCCUUCUGCUUUGGAUUUAAUAGAGUUGGUCACUACUAGACGUUCAAUCCAUUUGAACUGGGAGGGCUUUACAGUUCAUAUAGAUUUUACAUCUAUCAUUGUCAAUGGCGGGCAUGAAAUGCAGUUUUGCAUUGUUUAAUACAGUGUUUACUGUACAGGUAGUCCCCGGGUUACGAACGAGUUCCGUUCCUACUUUGGAGACGUAAACCGAAUUUCCGUGGAAGUCGGAAUUAACCCUUCAAGUACCCCAAAAUAACUAUCCAAAAUGUCCAAAGGUAUUGUAUUUUGUUUAAUGAUGGAGGAUACACUGCCCUCUGGUGGCAGCGUUGGGUCUGUCUGGACUGUUACCUUGUGACUGAGGAGCAGACACUUGUCUGACAUGGAUAAAGGACAGCUGCACUCUGGUUUUGCCCAUAUAAGGCUGUAAGUUGUUUCAGCUAAUAUAUGUUUGUGUAUGCUUCUGCUUCAUAAGUUUACAGCUACAGUUUGUGGAGUUAAGUGUGAGCGAUUUGCUAUGAGCAUUGUAAAUGCGUUAGCAUUCGUAGCAUUUAAGCUAGCGGACAUUUUUUUUAGGAACAUUAGGCUAAUUGACUAAAUUUACAAACUGAUCAGACUUGAUGGAACAAUUGUUUUGUGUAAAGUGUUUUAUUGUUAAAAUGCUUUCUUUUUGAAAAUAAGUGUACAUGUUUGUUACAGCUUUACACAUUGUCAAAAGUGAAGGAAUUAAAAAAGGUUCAAAAAGCAGAGCUGCCUUGUUUGAUGACUGUAGAGUUGAACAAUUUCACAUUUAGUGAGGACAGAACAAGUCAUAUUAAUAAAGUAAAUUAUAAAAAGAUAUACCGUGAGGUACAACAAGGUACUGACUGAAAAAAAAAAAAAAAGCGACUGUGGCGAAUGAAAAUAGCGGACGAGACUCCGGCGUUGUAAAUUCAAAAUUGCGUCAGUCGAGUACGUCGUAACCUGGGGACUACCUGUAUGUUUAAAUGUGGCUUAGAGUAUUGAAUAAGAUUGUCAAGAACAAAAAAAACAAACUUUUUUUAGAAGAUGUACACCACGGAUCUCAAAUUCAAUUUAUUGUGGGCUGCUAGAAAUUAAGUCUGCACCAAGGAUUAAAAAAAGAUUAAUGUUGCUAAUUCAUGUUUGGCUAACUAGUUGGGAAAAACACCACCAAAAGUUAUCGCUAAGUGGAACUAUGUUAUCCAGAUGUUUAAAAAAAAAAAAAAAAUUGAAAAAAAUUAGACGCCAGCCACACUUAAAAAUAAAAAAAGUUUUAUUUAUUUUUGUAAUUAACUGAGUGGUGUGAGAGCCCUAUUGUAAUGCAAAGGAUUAUUAUUAUCAUUACCCGAGCACCGAGGGGUGUGAGAGACCUAUUGUAAUGCAAUGGUUUAUCAUUAUUUUUCUUUCUUCAGAGAAAAUACAGGCCUUAACAUGCUCAAAAAGUCACCCAAAUUUGCGUAAAUUUCCAUAAUUUCUCGACCUUGAGAAAAACCGUAACAAAAUUUCUCAACAUCGCCCCCUUGAACUUUUCAAAAAACACCUCUCCUGUGAAGUUUUUUUCAACGUAGAGUUAUGAAAAUUGGGAAGUCGAUACCUUGUUCAAAACUGCACCAAAAAGUCUCUGGUCCUGAACCCAACAGGAAAUCGGGUAUUUUGGAUUGAAUAUUGAAAAAAUAUGCAAUUUUUGUAGAUUUACAGGGUGAUGGAAUAGUCCUUUUUACUACACAGGCUCCUCCUCCAAGGCAAGUCUAUUGACUUCAAACCUGCAUCAGGGGAGCCUUAAGACAUGUGUUCAGGUGCUUGAUGAAAUAUAUUGAGGUUUCGUUUAAGCAGAGGGGUUCAACCAGGAAGGUAAAACGAUUGUCGGUAUUUUGUCUCACCGCAAAUUUUGAACAGUCAUAACUUGGCAGAUAUACAACAUACAAACUUCCUGUGCUUGAUAAGAGUCGUACCCUGAAAGGGUUGUGUAGGGGUCAUUUGUAUCAACCAUACAGUGGCAACUACUGGCCACAGAAAGUCAGUUUUUUGUACAAUGCCCAAUUCCCCUCAAGAUAGUCAGAGUAGUUACAAGACCUUUUGUAAUACUACAUUUUAGGGCCACAUGGCUCUGUCUCCAUGACGACCCUUUGUUCACAAUUAAAAGGACGAUUUUUUUCCAGGGACGAAGGCAACAGCUUAUAGAGCCACGAAAUUUGGCAUGCUUUGUCAAAUGGGCCCAAUUAGAAAAUUUAUUUCGGUUUUGAAUAAGGCUGCACAACUCAGUAGCGCCUCCUUUUUUGUAGGACCCUCUUCAAUAGAGGUUUUUUCACCUAGGUGUGUGAAUGUAAUACUCAUCUCAGGAUAUACAAAAACAUCUCUGUCAGCCAUGCCAUUAAAAAAAAAUAGCUGAGUUUCCUGCACGGGUUAGUUUCUCAUGAGAUGAUGAGAGGGGGGCGAUCUGCCACCAUCCUGAGCUGCGUGCCAUCCGAGUUGUGUGACGUCCAAGUUGCGCCAAACUGCGAGGGCCCAUUCAGUCCUGCUUGCAGGUCCAGUUGUAAUUGUAUUUGUAAUUGUAUUUGUUGUAAAUUCAUUUUAUUUUAAAACUAUUCGUACACUUUUUCAUUGGCCACUAAAAAUAUGCAUGGGUCACACUAAUACUGUAAUUUGAUGUCAAAUAAGGGGCCACAAAAUGUUUUCUCGGGGGCUUCCAUUGGCCCCUGAGCCACAGCUUUGAGACCACUGUACUACACUAUUGUACUUGAUGAUGUAUUAUUUGGUGGAAUACAUUUUUUAGAUGUUAAUUGAUAUUUUAAAAAAUGUCAUUCAAAACAAUUUGUGAAACAUACUUUUAAUAAGAUUUUUUUCACAAACCUAUUUUGAGACAAAUCCGUCAAAUGAGAAUGAAAAACGCCGACAGAUGCAUUGAUGAUUUCUUUCUGCUGCCUUAGGCAGACGAGGUCUUAGGUUGCCAUGGUAACAACAGAUUCUAUCCUCUAUAAUUAAUGGAGCUGUUAUUUCAAGAUAAAAUUACUGUGGUCUCUUGCUCAGAUAACUUUAAGUUAAUUGCAGGUUUAACAAUGUUGCUUAUUGCAACAUACAUAAUAGAUGAAAUGUCAUUUAAUUAACAUUUUAAUUGAAUUGCACUGUUAAUUUGAUUUCAUUAAAAAGCAGCCACCCCUGCAGCUCUAUGCAUCAUAAACCCUUUUUUAUUCUUUUAUUAGUACAUUUGCAUUUAACCCCAUGAUGGCUAAAUUUACAUAUAACAAAUAUUUGUAAAACACUGGAGGCAGUACAGUAGGUAUAUAUACGUCUUUGUCACCGCCGUUCAUCUGCCCUCGUUGCUGCCCCCUCCUUAUGGAACUCACUCCCAAAACCCAUCCGAGCCUUUACACACCUUCCUACAUUCAAAAAACAGCUAAAAACGUACCUUUUUGAACUGGCUUUUAAAUUACAAUUCUGUUUUUCUAUCUAUUAUUUUAUUAUUCUCAUACUGUUCGCCUUGUUUCUUUGGUUUAACAGCAUCUUUGAGCAUCUGUAAAAGAACUCUACAAAUAAAAUGUAUUAUUAUAAAAAUAGCAAUAGUACUCAAGGGCCUAGGUUUGGUCUCAACAUUGGUAGGGACAAUAGAGGUGUGCAUCGGCACUGCCCUCACGAUUCGAUUCGAUUACGAUUCGGAGGGCCACGAUUCGAUUCGAUUUGAUUUGAUUCGAUUCAGAGGGUCACGAUUCCAUUCGGUUCGAUUCGGCAAUGCAUUGCGAUGCAUUAAAGCCUGGGAUGCAUUAAAAUUCUAAAGCAAAGCAUAUUUUUCGUCAAUCAUGAGCCAACACAAGCGGACAGACAUUAAACAACUUUUUAUUGGCUCUUGUGUCACUCCUGGUUGAAGUCAAAUGAAAAUAGUAUACUUUCAUAUAUAUUUUGAAAAAAAUCAGAUCACAGCAUUUAAUUAGUGCUUUGAAUGAGACCAGGGCUUUCUUUUUCUUUUUUUUACACACAGUAGCAGCCUUUCACACAGUGCAACAUCUGAACUCCUGUGCAAAAUAACAGUCACUGUAUUUUAGUCACAACGACCCAUCAAUAAAAAUAUUCAAGUAAAUAUUACAGAAAACGACAAAGAAAAUAUUGUAGUGCAGCAGCAUCUAUAUCGCAAUAUCAAUCCAGGGAUCAGUUCAGUUGCAAGCAAAACAUCAACUAAAUUGCAAUGUAGAACAAAAGUAAAAUGUAGGCUUAGCCUAUCUUAUAUCUAUAAUAUUUCUCGCUCCCUCUUUCUCCGUUUCAGCCAUUGUUAUGUUCUAUCUCUCUGCUCUCUCGAUUACAACUGCACUUGUCUGUGACGUUACUCCGGUGAGGAAGCGGAUUUGGGUUCCUCAUCCCCCCUGCAUAGAGGUUAGAUCUUGUGUCCGAACCCGACCCGACCCGAAAUGUUAAGCAUUCACGUUUGGGUGGGUCGUGGGCCGCGCCGGACUAAUAAA